GAGAUGUCUUCCUGGCUGAAGCAACAAAGGAAGAGCCACAGUGGGAUGGCAUGUGAGUUGGAGCCAAUUAAGCCAUCGCCAGUAUUAGAGAGUUAUCGCAACAAGUGUGAGUUUACCAUCGGCAAGAGUGUAGAUGGCAUCGAUAACACUGUUGGUUUCCGGCUUGGCGCUUACAAAGGUCUUGACCCACAAGAUAACCAUUCCACCAGCACCUCUGACGUACCGGUGACUGGCGAUGCCAUAAGGGAUCCUUAUCACUCUCUGAAACAACAGCUUUUUACCUCAGAGAUCUUCAAGAUUGAGAUCCAAAACCUCCCAAGACACUUUGGAUUUGCGGUUCCCAUCUGAAGUCCAUCCAGAUGAUCCUUAAUAAGACAGCAGACGGUACAGGCAUCAACUCCAACACCCUAGCCUUACAGAUGAAGGGCCAUCCUGAGCUGAGGGACUAGCUUCAUGUCGUCACCUCUUGGGGGCCUUUGCCUGUCUACCCUGGGGUGGUCAACUCAGAAUUACCUGGAUCUCAAGACAUCUAUCAGCAGGCAUCUUCUCAACAUGCAUCUCGACCCCAAAUGGCAAGCUCAACUGAACCAAUACAUGGUGUCCAAAUUUGUGCCGGUUACACUGGAUCAGUACAAAGGAUUGUUAAAAAAUAAACAAACAAAUGUUCCAAUAAACCAAAAAGGGAAACCGACGAUUAGUGCAUUAUGAAAUAUAUUGCAUUAUUAUAAUAUAACAAUUGUAACAAAAUAACAAGACAGUGUUAUAUUUAAAAAAAUUAUGAUUAAUUCAUUGUUGAAAUCAGUACUCUUAAAAUGGAACUUGUCAUGAUGCAAUUUUGUGCUCUAAAUUAAUAAUGCAAUAUACAUAUUUUAUUAUGUAAACAUGUUUUUUUAUAUAUAUUUUACUGAAACCACAGAGACUAGUUGUCAAUGUACAAGCUAUUGUCACAUCUUACUGUGUGCAAUGAGUUCGUUAGCAGGGCUCAAAUUUUGUGUGAAAAUUUUGUGGACAACAGUACCUGAAAGUAUUGUUUACUGGACCAAUGUACAUUCACAGAUAAAAUUGAAACACUGUUAACUCAAAGCCAUGUGCAUCAUUUGCAAUGACCUGGAGAAGCAUUGAUUUAAUGACAAAAACUCUGCUCAAAGUCAAGAUAGGAGUGGUACCAAAUACUCUUUGAAAAUAUUCCAGCUGAAAUUGUUUCGUGUGGAUGAAAACUGAGGUGGUGUUGAAAGAGGGUGUCCACGGCACAUUAUGCAUUAGCAAUGGAAUCCAGUUUCAAGACACCCCAAAAAAGUGAAUGUAUUUCCUCGGUUUUCUUAAAACGUAUACUAUCCAAUCAGCCUUCAACAGGUUAAAUGUCAUGCACCCUGCUUCAGACUUUUAGCAAUUUUGUUGCUUCAAACGAUAGUAAAGGCACAAGAAGCAAACAAUCAUAUGUACCUUUUAAGAAAGUUGCAGUCAUUAGGAUUAUACAAGAAGUGUAUUUCAUUGCUUCUGAUGGUAAAUGGGAAACAUCAAAUGUGAACAUUUUUAAUAGUCAAAUGACUCUUGCAUGUGUAGGAUUAGUCAUGAUCAUGAUAAUCUGAGACCAGAUUUGGACAGCACAUGCAAUCAUGAAAGGCAUGUAUUCAUCUGAGUGCAAUGUGUAAUUAGAAAACAUCAAGAUGAAUUUGUAUUCCCUUUGUUUUAAGUUGCCAAAUCUUCCAAAGAAUUUAUAUACAAUUUAGAAGUGUUUUUGUCAUUUCGUAUAACCUUCGCGAGUGAAAUACAUUGGAACAUCAAAACAAUGUGUGUUACAGUGAAGUGCAAAUUUGCCUUGUUGAGAUUAUUUAUGCAAAUGCGAUAAGGUUUUCUGUCAUGGAUGUUGGUAUGAACGUAGAUGAUGUGGAUAUGAUUCACCUACUUUAAUGUACAUGUAGUUGUGUUUGUCAUUUAUAAUACAUGUACACCAUAUAGUUAUUAAACUUAUCAGAAUUUUUGUGCUGUAAAUUUUGGAUUUUUGUGACUUGGUUUAAAUAUCAACAGUCACUUCUUUCAUAUUUCAAAAAACUAUAUUUCCAAUGGCAAAUUAUUAAAGUAGAUGCGGUGUUUGAAAUGAAUCAGACUUUCUAUUCUAUAAAUGUUCUAGUUUUCUGGCAACGUGAUGUUAGAAAUGAACUCUUUUGAACUUUUAAUAAAAUUGUAUUUUCAAUGGCAAAUUUUAUAUUAAAUACAUGUACAUGUAGAUCUGAGCCAAUUUACUUGUUUCAGUCAAAUUA